AUGUUAUUAAUUUUGUCUCCAGGUAAGGAGGUGCAGAAGCGAUGGCGGUCCAUACGGGACUCCUACACGAAGGCGUACAGGCAAGGCAAGUGCGUACAACCAGAACAGUGCCAGCCAGGCAGUCGCCGGUAUCAAUAUCACCGGCAAAUGUCCUUUCUGCAUCGUGCUCUGCAGAACAAGAAACCCAGAUACUCCCAAGACAAAUACGAAUCGUACUCCGAGAUUUCCAACUCCCCCCAGCAUCCGCCCCCCGAGGACAUCAUCCCUCGGAUAAAGCACGAGAUAAUCGAAAAGCCGCUUGACCUAAAAACCAAAUCGGAUCCUCCCGAGAAACCGGAAACGCUAGACAAGUGUAGCCAAGUGACUAUCGAGACACAAGAGAAGAAGAAUCCGCCUUUGGAAAUAAAGAUCGAUGCAAAUUCGAUCCUCCCAGAUGAUCACUUCAAUGAUGAUAAACUUUUCAUGAACUCCUUGCUGCCACUGUUCAAGAAAAUGGACGACGAUACAAGACUGCUUUGCCGUAUCGAAGUGUUGAAGAUCAUAAGAUACGCGUUACAAGGGCACAAAUGUUUCGAGGCGUUAAAAAUAGCAGAGGAUAGCUUCUUUAAAAAUAGGAUAAGCGGGAUCCUGGCGAAGGAAGAGAUUCUGGAGAGUUCGAUAAACGCCUCGAAGACAAAUAUAUCAGAGUCCAGACUGUCCAUGACUACGCGUUCCGCUGAUGGGAGCAGACCAGUGAGGAAACGAAGAAUUCGAUCACCAUCGCCUCUACCGAUGCCACCAAAAAAGAGAGGUCCUGGGCGUCCAAGAAAGGUGCGUCCCCCUCCUUCCGACUCUGAAGAGGAGCAGGUAACACGGAAACAAUUUCCCAAACUGAAAGUACCGCCCGUGGAAAUACCCCACCUGUCCGAGUAUGAUGAGACAUUGAGCAAAGCUACCAGCGUCUCGCAGCUGCCAAAACCUUUGUUCAUGAAGAUGUAUAAUUUGGAAAGGUCAAAACCGAACCUAGCAACACCAGUACCACCCCAAAAUAUGCAAGUGUCCAUCAAGUCAGAACCGCUGGACACGUACGAAUCAACACUUAGCCAUAAUUGA